CGUUUCAACACCACCAUGGCCUUCUACACCUCCGGAAGUUUCUACCAGCAAAUCUAUGAGAGUCCCUACAAAGUCUCUCUUAAUGAGUACAUGUAUGUUCAAGUAAGCCUAAGGAGAGAUGACAGCAGCCUCGUCCUCUUCCUGGACACAUGUGUGGCCUCACCAAACCCACAUGACUAUGCUGACUACCGCGCCUAUUAUCUACUGGUCAAUGGGUGUCCGAGAGACAACACGUUCUCCACCCACGUGAGCGGUUCUCGUAGUUACGCACGGUUCAGCUUCCAGGCUUUCAAGUUCCUGCGGGCACACCCCUCUGUGUACUUGCAGUGCAAGGUCCUAAUCUGUCCUGCCAACGACUACAACUCCCGCUGUCGCCAGGGUUGCCGCACCCGCAAGACUCGAAGCCUGGGCUCUCAGCACCAGAUGGCCACCAUGGUGCUGGGGCCUAUCACGCUGAAAGAUGUGGAGAAGUCUGCAGUGGAGAGGCUUGAGGACAAAGUGGCUAAGGUCGACGCCUGAAGACACCACUAGUGUUCUCAUCAGUCCAGAAUAAUCACUAAUUCAAUCUAUCAUCAUUUCCUGCCUACAAAUCAUGUCUUACUGAACAUGUCUUUCUUUCUUUCUUUCUUUCUUUCCGUAACCUUUUGCCACAACAAAAUUAUUAAAGCAUUCCAAAAGACAA